UAAAAUAUUUGUCUGAACUCGGAUAAUAUUUGAUUAAAUAAAGUUUCUACACAAAUUAUAACUUUCAUAAUUUUGUUUACGAGCAAUAAAUUUAAACAACAUAAAGUUUAAAAUUUAUAUUUUUAAAUAACACUUGCAAAAUGGGAAAGAAAAAUAAGUAUAAGAAAGACGAAGAUUCCACGGGCAAGAAAAAUGAAUCGCAACAGCAGGCCCUGAAUUCUGAAGCAGGUUCAAGUAAUGGACAACAAAAAGGUCCUCAACCACAUCAAGGUCAGCAACAACAAAAGCCCCAACCAGGUGGAGGUCAACCUCUACAACAAAAGCCCCAACAAGGUGGAGGUCAACCUCUACAACAAAAGCCCCAACAAGGUGGAGGUCAACCUCAACAACAAAAGCCCCAACAAGGUGGAGGUCAACCUCAACAACAACAAAAGCCCCAACAAGGAGGAGGUCAACAAAAGCCCCAACAAGGUUCUUGGCGAGGAGGUCAACCUCAACAACAACAAAAGCACCAACAAGGCGGAAGUCAACCUCAACAACAACAACAAAAGCUCCAACAAGGCGGAGGUCAACAUAAGCCCCAACAAGGUGGUUGGGGAGGAGGUCAACCUCAACAACAGUCCCAACAAGGUGCUUGGGGUGGAGGUCAACAACGCGGUUCUAGCCAACAACAUGGUGGAAAGGAUCAGCAAGGACGUGGUACAAAUCAAAAGCAAGGUGGAAGAGGUCAACAUCAACCUGAAGGUGGUCAACAACAACGCGAAAGGUAUGAUCAACAACGUGGACAAAGUCAACAACAAGGAGGCUGGAGGGGCCAACAAGAAAGACCUCAACAGGGUGGAGGACAUCAACAAGAAAGACCUCAACAGGGGCGAUGGAGUCAAGAUCAAAAUCGACCUCGCCAAGGCCAACAGCAACAGAACAUUGGAAAACAAAUGGAGGGACUAUCGAUUAGUGAUGAGAGUCCCCUACCGGUUAAUGCGAAAUCAUGUAAUGGUAUUGUUCGUGGAACCUUGGGAAAACCUGGUGUUGUCGAAGUUAAUUAUGUAAAAUUAGAUUUGAAAGAUAUGCCUAAAAAAGCAUAUCACUAUGAUGUCACUAUUACUCCUGAUAGACCAAAAAAAUUUUUACGGCCUGCAUUUGAACAGUGUGCACGUGAAAUGUUUCCGGACAUCUCCUCGUCAUUUGAUGGCAUGAAAAGUUGCUAUACAUUGGAACGUUUGAAAGCUCCCAUUGAUCAUAAAGUAGAAGUCGCCGAUUCCGGUAAUAGAAUGAAAGAGUUUCAGGUACAAAUAAAGGAAACUGAUGGUUGUAUUGUGGAUUUGGAAACAUUAAGAACCUAUCAAAAUGAAAGAGUUUCCGAUAAACCUAUGAGAGCUCUUCAAGUUUUGGAAGUUGUAUUGGCAAGUAACAAUCACAAACUUGGAAUUCGCGUAGGACGUUCAUUUUUCCGUAGACCUGAAGAUGCAUACAAUUUACAGGAUGGUUACGAGGCAUGGACUGGUUUAUUUCAAGCGGCUAUUUUAGGUGAACAACCACUUUUAAAUGUGGAUAUUGCCCAUAAAUCGUUUCCAUGUGAAUCAACUAUAACUGAUUAUUUAAAACAACAAAACAUCGAUAUAACCAGAGAUAUAAGAUCAGAUAGAAGUUUCAGAGAUGUUUCUACGUAUUUAAAAGGAAUGAAUAUCAUCUAUGGACCACCGGAUAGUUUCGGUGCUCCUCCCAAACAAUAUAAAGUUUUAGACAUUGGAGAACCUGCAUCCCAAAAAACUUUUAGAACUGAUGACGGGAAAGAGCUCACAGUGGCAAAGUACUUCCAAUCUCGAGGAUACCAAUUAAAUUAUCCGAAUCUUAAUUGUAUAAGUGUUGGCUCAACUGUACGACAAAUUUCCUUGCCCAUGGAGUUGUGUUCUAUUCCCAGCGGUCAAGCUCUUAAUCGCAAGGAUAAAGAUAGGCAAGUUCAAAAUAUGAUACGUUACGCCGCAACCUCCACAAACAGACGCAAACAAAAAAUAAUGGAAUUACUAAGAUAUUUCGCCCACAACGAUAAUCAAAUAAUACGUGAGUUUGGUUUACGAAUUGGUUCGAAUUUCAUAAAAGUUCCAAUGCGUCUGUUGCCAGCGCCAUAUAUGGAAUAUCUCCAAGGACAAACUGUCACAACUUUUAAAGGAGCGUGGCGUAUGGACAAUUUAAAGUUUUUAAUGACUUCAAAACCACCUAAUGGUCAUAAAUGGGCAAUCCUUUAUGAAGAAAGCUCAAACAAUCGUGGUAUAUCAUAUCACGAUCUCGAAUCUUUCAAAUCGAAUGUCAUCAAAACAUCUCAGAGUCUGAAUAUGAACUUGCAGAACUCUGCAGAAAUAAAAACUUACAAUUUUCGUAGUUUGCAAACAAUGCUUAAACAACUUGCCAGCGAAAAAUACGAUCUGGUAUUUGUUGUUCUCUCCGAUAGAGGUACGCCUUAUUCUAAAAUUAAACAAACUGCUGAAUUAGAGGUUGGCAUAUUAACACAAUGUAUUAAGGACAAAACCAUUUUUCGAACCAACAAAGAUCGUACAGUAUUUUCAAAUAUUUUGCUAAAAGUAAAUGGAAAAUUAAAUGGUACUAAUCAUAAAAUUGCUCCGGAAAGAGAUUUAAAUUUACUAGCACCUAUAAAGAAUGUUAUGUACUUGGGUGCCGAUGUAACACAUCCCUCUCCAGAUCAAAGGCAUAUACCAAGUGUUGUUGGUGUUGCUGCCUCACAUGACGCACAUGGUGCAUGUUACAACUGUCAGUAUCGUCUACAACGUUCUACUGUUGAAAAUAUCGAAGAUAUGGAAUCGAUUGUUCGUCGCCAUUUGGAUGUUUACCAUAAAUACCAGAAAAGUUACCCCAGCCUAAUAAUUUAUUAUCGCGACGGUGUGUCAGAUGGUCAGUUUCCUAUUGUGGAACGCGAAGAAAUUCGUGCCAUUAGAAGUGCUUGCAAGAAAAUGGGCUUCAGUCCAAAGCUAACAUGCGUUAUAGUAGUUAAACGUCAUCAUACUCGGUUUUUCCCACUUACACAACCACAGCAUGACAGGGACUUUAACAAUGUUCAGGCGGGCACGGUGGUCGAUCAACACAUAACUCAUCCCAAUGAAGUGCAGUUCUUCAUGGUUAGCCACCAGUCCAUACAGGGUACAGCCAGACCCACACGCUAUAAUGUCAUUUUGGAUGAUUCAAAAUUCGACAUAAAUCUAUUGCAAAAAUUGACAUAUAAUCUCUGUCAUUUGUUUCCACGAUGUAAUCGUGCCGUAUCAUAUCCGGCCCCAGCCUACCUGGCUCAUUUGGUAGCAUUCCGUGGUCGCGUGUACUUGGAGGGGACACAAAGAUUUGAUAACAACUUGAACAAGGAGUAUGAACGUCGUCUAAUCAGACCCGAAUUUUUGAACAGGAACCCCAUGUACUUCAUUUAAGGAGCAGGAUGGCAUAAACAUAUUUAUAUACUAUACACAUACACAUACAUAUGUAUAUUAUAUUCAAUUAUUAAUUAAAAAAAAUAAAAAUUAAAAUGUUCUGCUUAGUGUUGCCUAAA